AUGGGGGAACGACGUAAGCUCGGCGAUGUCGCCAUGGAUAUCCUGCUAUUCGCAGGAAUGAUGACUGCUGGCCUUUACGUUGCUCGAAACUUUCUCAAUCCCAUCCUCAGCAAUAUAGCCGAUCCUGAUAAAGAGAAACACGAACAAGCGAGACGGCAGGCCAAGGCGCACCUUGAGCGGUUAAAUCGACACAAGAGAGACGGACUCGACUAUGGCGAUGACACUAGUGACUCGAGGAGGGGACCACGACCUGAAGAUCUAGUUCUGAAUGAGUAUGAGAACCUGGUUGCACUCGAGAUGGUCCCUCCUGAGGACAUCUCCGUUGGAUUCGACGAUAUUGGCGGUCUGGACACAAUCAUCGAAGAACUAAAAGAAUCGAUCAUAUACCCUCUGACUAUGCCCCAUCUUUACUCUCAUGCCGCACCACUACUGUCAGCUCCAUCGGGUGUGCUGUUGUACGGUCCUCCAGGCUGUGGAAAAACUAUGCUUGCUAAAGCUGUCGCACACGAGAGUGGCGCUUCUUUCAUCAACCUACAUAUCUCGACAUUGACGGAAAAGUGGUACGGAGAUUCGAAUAAGAUCGUCCGAGCCGUGUUCUCGUUGGCUCGAAAGAUGCAGCCUGCCAUUAUCUUCAUCGAUGAAAUUGAUGCGGUACUUGGCACUCGAAGGAGUGGCGAACAUGAAGCCAGUGGCAUGGUUAAGGCCGAAUUCAUGACUCUCUGGGAUGGCUUGACGUCCUCAAACUCUUCAGGCAUGCCUGCUCGUAUCAUGGUUUUGGGCGCGACCAACCGUAUCAACGAUAUUGACGAGGCUAUCCUUCGUCGAAUGCCCAAGAAGUUCCCUGUGACACUCCCGGGAACGGAGCAGCGACGUCGAAUUCUACAGCUCGUCCUGCAGGAUACCAAGACCGACCCCGAGCAUUUCAACAUCGAAUACGUCGCAAGAAUCACUGCUGGACUCUCAGGUAGUGAUAUUAAGGAAGCUUGCCGAGACGCUGCUAUGGUGCCUGUGCGAGAGUAUAUGCGACAACAUCGUGAGAGCGGACAAGCCAUGUCGACCGUGGACCCAAGACACUUCCGUGGCAUUAGAUCAGAUGACUUCAUUGGCCGCGAGGGAGGACAGAUCAAACUGCAACCAGCCCGGCGGACUAGCGGCGUCGAGGAGCUGAUCGCGGAGGAGCAAGAUUAG